UGUUUUAAUCUAAGACUUUUAGCUGUUACGUUCAAACAUUUUUUGUUUUCUCAUUGGUGGUAUGACAUUAAUAUAUUAAACAUGCUAUCUAUCUCUCAAUUCCUCUCACCAAAUGGCCUUGUUGACUGCAGCUAUAAUACGGGUGCAUGCCUUGCCUCUCUUGUUAUAGUUUCCCCUGUCAUGUCGUUAGCAGCAGUCUUUACCAACCAACAACAUUCCGAUCGAUUUGGGGCUCUCAUUUAUUAGUCACAACUUUGUCAUUGUGAUGCAUCCUUCUAUAUUGUAAAAGUAAUAACGUGUUAAUUUAGCUUGAUUUGUUACUACAUAUUUCUAGGGCUAAAAAAUAGCAAACAGGAUUAAGAACUUUUCCAGAAUUUGUUUAUAAUUUACUUUUAUUUGAGAUAUAAAGUCUGCCGUAAAUGGACAAUUCGUCUUCUCAAAUUCUUGACCAAAUAUUUGGCCAUACGUCAAACGAACAACAGAAUCAUCCGGUAAUUUCGACUGGAGGUAGGAAUCAGUACGUAGAAAUUGAUCGUUUUGAAACAGAAGAUCAGCUCAAAAAGUGGUUAAAUGCUCAGAAUAGAAAGUGGGGCAUUGUACAAAAGGGUCGAGUUACUAUUGAAGACAUCGUUGAUCAAUAUGCUUGUAUCUAUAGAAGGCGAAAAGGCUAUGCGUGUAGAGUACAAAUGCGUGUUCGACAUAAUCGCCGAAGUGGUCACAAAAUUGUAGAGGUUUUGCCUUUUCCCCAUGAUCAUAAAUUUUACGGGCCAUUAAUUGUCCCUACUGAAUUUGAUGACGGAACAUUACCGGAUCAAUCUUCACAGACUACCAACAAUGAUCAUGAUGAACCUCAAGAUUCACUGAAUACAAAUUUUCAACAUCCAUCAGAGGCUCAUAAUAACGGAAAAAUUCAAGUAAAGCAAGAAGUCGAUUUCUCAUCAUUGACUGAAGAGGUCCUUACGAAAGAGAAAACAGGAGAAUGUUCUACUGAUAUUCAUUUUCAAAAUGAUUCGAAUUUAAACGAAGAACAAGCACUUUCACAACCAAUGGAGAUGCUUUGGUCUAACAUUUUGAAUAAUCAUUCCAUUCGCUUAUUUUCUACUGACAAUUACAAUGGCAAUUACGAAGAUCAAUUAGAUGAGGAUGCAUUUGAAGUGGAAAAUCGAUCAGCUGGCGAUGCUGAUGAGGAUGUAACAAAACAUUUGGAUGACUCUAUCAUCAAUUCUGUCGUCGAGAAAGUUGCGGGCCGAUUCUCUGAGUAUAUUGAUUCAAAAUUCGAUUCGAUCAAUGAGACACUUAAAAAACUCACCAAAAGUGUUGAUGAUUUGAAGAAUUCAGUUGGUUCUAUUACAAAAGCACAACAACCCAUUCAAAAUCAUUGUCGAACUUCAGCACAAUCGCAGUUUAAUUUAGAACCAUUUGGCAAACAUCUUGCUGAAUCUUCAAGAUUAUCAACAAUUUCCCGUUCAUUAUUAAGACAAAGACUUUCGCAGCAGCAUCGCAAUUUUUCGUCUCCAACAACUUCUCAAAGUUCGAAUCAAACGAGAAUACAAAAUUCGAAUAGACGAUUUCAACUAAAUUUGCAUCCACAGAAUUCGCUAACUGAUAGUCCUCAACAACAUCAUGUAAACAAUUCUGAAAAAGAUAUUAUUACUGGACUUUCUAACAAUUCAAAACAACAUUCAACGGAUUUAACUUGUGCUAGAGAGCAAAUGCCUUCCCAAUUAAAUACUUCUUUGAAAGAUGGGUUAAAGAUGUCUAAUGACUUAUUUUCGCAGGAUCCUGGCAAAUCUCCGACAAAUUUUAAUCCAAUUAAGUUUUUAAACAAUCCAAUAAAAACAGCUCGAAAAUCGAGACAUGCAUACAGACAACGACGCCGGGAGCUGUCUUAUAAAUUUAUGAAAGAAGUUGGGAUGAUGUUGACGAUAAACGGAUGUAAAAAGUCAAUAUUUCAUUGGCGAGCUAGCGAAAUUUUCUCAGCCUGUCAAACAAAAUGUCGAGAACUUGUUGAAGCGGGAAAGCAUGUGAUGUACCGGGGUAUCGAUGUAACAGAAAAAAUCUACCGCGUUGACUGCUCGAGAGACUUGGUGAAUGGUCGACGAUGUGGUCAAAUGAUAGCAGAUUCUCUCUGGCCGCGUGGAUAUUUUCAACGAAAAAUGUUGCUGCCCAUCCUUAAAGGCGUUAAUCACAGGAGUAAGAAACGUGUGAAUGGCGUAGCAAGAAGUCCCGUUGCUGACGAUCAAUUUGAAACAUUUAAAGUAGCGUUAUUAUUACUUGGUGGGUUUCUGAUGGACGAAACAGACAGGUACAAAUGGAUGGAAACAGCACGAGAAGGUGUAAAUCAAAGAGGCUUGGACGAAUUAGCCAAUUCUAAGAGAGCGCAUUAUGAGUAUGACGGUGGUCCUUUAUUUAUAAAUGACGUAGAUAAUAAUGAAUAUGUAAACGAAACAAUGGAUGGAGCAUCAGAAGGUGAAAGAAUAAAUGAAGUUGUUAUUCUAGAAGAUGAAGACUGUGUGGUAUGA